CAUCGAUAUUUUACAAUGAAAACGCGCGGCUUUGAAAUGUCAGGAAGUUUUGUUAAAAUCGUCUUAUUUAUAGGUUUUAUUUUUUUACAAACAGAAAAUUGUCUACAAAAAAAUCGAUAUUAAGAUCUUUUUGCUUGCCGAUACCAUACAUCAUGCCUCCAGAUGAGCCCAAGCCCAAGAGCCCAUUCAACGUCCCUCAGGUUCUGGCCGCCUUAACCGUUUCCCUAUGCUCCCUGAUACUCGGCUUUACCGCCGGCUACACUUCACCCGCAUUGAUUUCCAUGACCGACAGGAAAAUCACCGAUUUCGAGGUCACCCCACAAGCUGCUUCCUGGGUAGGUGGCAUCAUGCCACUGGCUGGUUUGGCAGGUGGAAUUAUCGGUGGACCGUUAAUUGUAUAUCUGGGCCGCAAAACCACGAUACAGGUCAUCGCAAUACCCUUUAUUUUGGGCUACCUACUAAUUGCAUUUGCUCAAAAUGUGGCGAUGGUUUUGGGCGGACGUUUCGUGACCGGUUUAUGUGUGGGUAUCGGCUCGUUGUCUCUUCCCGUUUACCUUGGCGAAACUCUCCACCCGGAAGUUCGCGGCACUCUCGGCCUGCUCCCUACGGCGUUGGGUAACAUUGGCAUCCUGGUGUGCUAUGUGGCGGGCACCUUCAUGAACUGGUCUCAGUUGGCAUUUUUUGGCGCAGCAUUGCCAGUACCAUACUUCAUUCUGAUGUUCUUCCUGCCGGAAUCGCCGCGGUGGUAUGUGGGAAGAGGACAGGAAGAGAAAGCCCGCAAAUCGCUCACCUGGCUACGUGGCAAGGACGCGGAUGUGGAGUCGGAAUUGAAGAUAUUGAUGGUGGCCCAAGCGGAAGCCGAUAAUCAGGCCACUCAGCAUACUCUGGUAGAGCUGAUGAAGCUUCGCAACCUCAAGCCUUUGUCUAUUUCUCUGGGUCUGAUGUUCUUCCAGCAGUUCAGUGGCAUCAAUGCUGUUAUCUUCUAUACGGUGUCUAUUUUCAAGGAAGCAGGAACCACUAUUGACAGUUAUGUGUGCACAAUUAUUGUGGGCGUGGUGAACUUCAUGGCCACAUUCGCUGCCAGUGCUCUGAUCGAUAAGAUAGGCAGAAAGAUUCUUCUGCAUUUUUCCAACUUUGCCAUGAUCGUCACUCUGUCUAUAUUAGGCGCCUUCUUCUAUUGCAAGAUCCAUGGCCCGGAUUUUAGCCACAUGGGUUGGUUGCCAUUGGCCUGUUUUGUUAUCUAUGUCAUUGGCUUCUCAAUGGGCUUCGGACCCAUUCCCUGGCUAAUGAUGGGCGAAAUCCUUCCGGCCAAGGUUCGUGGUCCAGCUGCCUCAGUGGUGACGUCUUUCAACUGGGCCUGCACCUUUAUAGUGACCAAGACUUUCCAGGACAUGAUUGACUUGCUGGGCACUCAUGGCGCCUUCUGGCUGUUUGCUGGGGUGUGCGUCGUUGGCGUCUUCUUUGUAAUAUUCUGCGUGCCCGAGACGCGGGGCAAGACCCUUGAGGAAAUCGAGAGGAAGUUCAAGCGCAUGUCCGCAAUGAUCAACAUUAGACUGUUGCCCUUUAACAUGUAAAUGGCCUAGGAAUCAGGCUCAAAAUUCAUUCAAACUCGAGAGAUUAGAAUCGUGUUUUAAGUGGUUAGAAAAUUGUUGCGAAAAUUCCUAGUCCACCUUCUCGUAGUCGCAGUUCUCGGCUAUCUAUCUUGCGCUCCAUAACCUUGCGCUCGAUGUUCGCGAUGGUCUUCAUUAAUUCAC